AUGCAACCAGAAGACAAGGCCUCCCAUCCAGCCUUCUGUAUCUCGCGACGAUUUGCAGCUUCCUCCUUGCUUUUAAAAAGAGAGAGGCAGAGAGAAGACGGACCGAGAGACACACCGAAAAUGAAUUGUCUUCUGUUCGGGUUUGCAGCUUCAGGAGGGCAGACUCCUGCGGAUGUACUGAAAAGAGUCCGAAGCGAAGGUUGUGUGCUGAAGAAACAGACUCUUGUUCGCAACUCCCCUCUUCCGCUGACCUCUUGCUAUCGGCUGGAAGAAGUCAUUGGCUAUGGCUCUUUUGGCUGCACAGUUUUCCGCGCAACUGAUAUUUUUUCUGGGAUUCGUCGGGUUGUGAAGUGCGUUCGCAAGGAGCAGCCGGAAGGCAUCUGUCUGUGCAGGAACGAGGUCAAGUUUCUGAGAACCUUUGACCAUCCAAACAUUCUUCGUCUCUUUGAAGUCUUCGAGGAGAGCGGCGCAGUCUAUCAAGUAACGGAGACCUGCCAUGGCGGCGAUCUGUAUCAGUGGCUGGAUCGACGCAUUCGCAGGCGGAAGCGUCAUGCGAGGAAGGCUUCGCAUGCGUUUUUCAUGCCGCUGAAGAAUAAUUAUGUGCAGGAGGAGUCGCAUCGGUGGCAGGGGGGCCUAAAUGAGUCGGUUUCUUUGAGUGCUUCCUUUGCAGCAGCAGAGAGCGUGCCUCAGGCGGUGUUGAGUAGCCGCGUUAGCCCACAGCAGAGCGAGAAAACCGAAGGCUCGUCGACUCCUUUUGCAGCGGCUCCAUCCGUGGGGUUUGCGGGGGGAACUCCCUCUGGAGUAGCCACCAACAGUGGGAUAUCUCCGACGUCGGCUGCGAGCAGCAACCGCUCAGGAGGAAGCAUGCGGAGUGCGUGCCCUGCUGCUGUGGGAGCUGCAGCUGCAGCUGCAACAGCAGCAGCAGCUGGGCUGCAGUGCCCAUCGAACGGCGUGGCAGGGGAAGCGGCAGCAGCAGCAGUAGCCACCCCGCUUCAGCCUUUGGUUUCGGAAGAGCUAGCUGCUCGGCUUGCGGCGCAGCUGCUAGGGGCCCUUCGGUAUUUGCAUGCGAAGGGUGUGGCGCACUGCGACUUGAAACUGGAGAACGUGCUGCUUCUCAACGAGCUAGACGACUCGGAGGCUGGUGACGGGCAGAGCAGCGAGGAGGAGGAGGAGGCGCUGCUAAGGGCUGAGCAGCAGCAGCAGCGGCAGCUUUUGGUCCUUCAGCAGCAGCAGGAAGACGCUGCCGCUGCAGCGCUCUGCAGAGCGAGAAGGGGCAUGCGGGCUCUUAGCAGCGCGCACAGCAGCAGCAGCAGCAGCAGUCUGCAGCGAGGCGCUGCAAGCAGCAACAGUACAGGUGCUCUGACGAUUGUUCCCAUGGUCUUGCGAAAACGAAGAGAAUCCAGAAAACGCUUAGACUCGGGAGGAGGGGGCCUCAUAGAGCUCUCAAGUCAGGAGAAUUCUUCUCAGACGCUGCUCGAUGGACUGAGUCGGAGAUCUGUGACUGUAAAGCUCGCAGACUUCGGGUUGGCACGAAAAAUUGUUCGCGGCAAACCCUCCAAGACAACUGGCAGUGAGGUUUGCCGAGGCACGUUGUAUUACCGUUCUCCAUGGAUAAUUAGGGGCAUGACGGAAGGCGAUGCUCGCAGCGAUCUGUGGGCGCUUGGUGUUGGCCUCUUCAUUCUCUUCACGGGGAGGCCUCCCUUUGAUGGAGCUACGCAGGAAGAUGUCGAGAAGGCUGUGACAGAAUGCCCAGUGUCUUUCAGUGGUGGAGCGUGGCCAGUGUUGUCGCUGCAAUGCGUGGGGUUCUUAAGGGCCUUGCUGUACAACCCGCUGCUGCCUCUUCACUUACGAGGACCCCCUCCACCCCCUCCCUACGAGCAUCCGACUGCGGAUUUGAUGCUCAAGCACCCGUGGAUUAGGCAAUGUGGCAGAGAGGAGAGACGGAAGGGGCUGAUGCGGGUACUGUCAGCGCCGUCCAUUCAGAGACUCUCGCGUUCGACGGGGGGAGAGGACUGCUCACCGCUGCAGGGGAGGAGUGCAGCAAAGGCAACUGCGAAUGCGAAGAAAGUGGGGAGAACGCUGUCGCACUCUCCUGAAUUGCAGCAUGGGACGGAUGAGGAGAGUGCCUCUCCAAAGAAGGCCGAUUUCCGCGCAUGCUGUUCAACGUGCAGCACGUGGAAAUGCGCCUACGGGUGUUGUUGUUACUCCCAUCCGAUGCGAAAAGACGUGGCCUUUCAGCCCUUGCGGCUGUGCUGGGGUAGAGCUCCUUUGGUUGUGGGGUCGACUUCGCGGGAGACACCUUCCUUGCUUGCGCAUCGCAUGAAUCAGGGAGUUCGUGACGGCCUCUCGCCACUUCCCCAACAGUCCCUCUUAGGUUCAUCGCCGCUCAACGAGGCUAUUCGCAAGACGCCUCAGGAGUGUCUUGCGGAUACCUCCAACGCGGUGCUUGAUGGGAGGAGGCACGAGCAGCAAGGUGCUCUGAACGAUCAUGCGCUGUACAGAGGAGUCUCUGCCUCCAACUUGGAGCCGUUAAAGCCUCACUUGCGACUCUCAGGUCCAUCUGCCAGGAUGCACGGGUUAGAGGGUUGUGCAGCAGCAACUAAUGCAGCAGCAGCAGCUGCUGCUGCUGCUGCUGGUGUUGCUAAGGCUGUGCGCAGGGAGACAGAGGCCACGGUGUCUGGACACUUGGGACUGCCUCUCGAGAACGUUCCGCAUUUCCAUCUGCAGCUGCCUUUAGAAAGUGCCUUCUCCCCACCAACACCGUCUGUUCGGGGGGAAGCCUCAGCACCGCCGCUUCGCGAGCUCGUCGAGGAAGCGAUGGAUAUUUGCACAGACGCAGGAGAAGCCUCGACGGUUGUGACCACUGGAAGCAGGAGUCACAGCAGCACCUGCAGCACAUGCAACAGUUCCACCUGUUGCGCAUGCAACAAAUGCGUGGGUACCAGGUGCAGCAGCAAAGGAUGCUGCAUAGCAGUCGUCGACCUGCUGACUGCGGAGUUGUUUGAAUCGCGUGUCUCCUUCUUGCUGCAAGCCUGUGCGUGGAUUGAUUUCGCGCGGCUAAGUCCUCUUCAAAGGGCCUUGCGGUCAGUUGUUGUGAAGCUGAUGGAAGAAGGCUCCGCCGUGCGACUCGUUCGAGACAUCUUUUGGGUGCUCGAUCCGCAGCAGACUGGAUCUGUUUCGCGUAAGGCAGGGGGCAGAAGAGGAGAGGGGACGCGUGGGUGUGGCGAUCGGGAUAGUAGGGAGGGGAAGUGGUGGGGUUGUUGGCGCCUGUUGGCGCUUGCUUGUGGCUUGUCUUUUUUGGGAGCUUUGUGCUUGAGAGGUUCUAGACUGACGGACUCGCAUGGUGUUUGUUUUUAUCUAUCCUGGUGGGCGUUAUGUGGCCUUUUCGCGCAGAGUGGAG